AUGGUUGUCCUUGCCGCAUCUAUCACCACACGUAGUGGUAAACCUUUGUUGUCGAGACAGUUCAGAGAACUGACCAAGGAUCGCGUCUUGGAGCUUUUGUCUAAUUUCCAAAGUUUAGUGACUAACCUUUCCUCAGAGCAUACUUUUGUUGAAGGUAAUCAUGUCAGAUAUGUUUACAGACCAUUUGAUGAUUACUAUAUUAUUUUGAUAACGAACCGUCAAUCCAACAUUAUUGAAGAUUUGUCUACCUUAAACCUUUUGUCCCAAACGGUUAACAAUUGUUUGAGCUCUUAUGAUGAGAAUGAGAUUUAUGACAGCGCAUUUGAGAUUUUGACCGCAUUUGAUGAAGUGGUCAUCAUGGGUUACAAGGAGAAUUUGUCGAGUACCCAAGUGACAACUUAUUUGACCAUGGAAUCACACGAAGAAAGAAUCCAAGAAAUUAUUGAGCGUAACAAAGAGUUUGAAGCUACAGAAGAACGUAAACGUCGUGCCAAGGAGAUUGCUAAACGUGAACAAGAAAGAAGGAUGGGCAUUCCAAGUAUGGAUUUCUCCAUGCCAUCUAACAAAUUCAUCGGUAGUAAUGAUCCAAACGUCACCAAUGCUUACAACAGUUAUUACAGCCAUGCUUCUCCCGCAGCACAACAAUCUUAUUUGAAGUCUCAAAAACUCGGGGAUCAGCCAGUGGAAGAUUUAUCAUCUCAAGAUUCUCUGCCCCGUCGUUCCGAUGGUUCUGCUGGCAUGAAAUUGGGUGGUGCUCGUUCUAAGAAAGCCGUCACUCCUGUACGUCAUAGCAGCUCUUCACGUCCUAGCAUCAAACCAGAAAACGAGGAAGAUAGUUUCACCAAUAACGGUAUUUUGAUUUUGAUCAAAGAAAUUGUUAACGCUCAAAUUUCCAGAGAUGGUGCAGUUUCUUCUUCAGAAUUGAAAGGUGUCUUGGAAUUGCGCAUUAAUGAAAAAUCUUUAGGUCAUGCAAAGCUGGUUCUAGGAAAUGAUGUUAAUGUUAAGGAUAGAAACAUGCAGUUUAGAACUCACCCUAAUAUCGAUAAAAAUGCGUUUUUGUCGAACAAAUCCAUUGGUCUUAGAAGUAAUGAUAAGGCUUUCCCAGCAAAUGACCAAACUCUAGGUGUUUUAAGAUGGCGUAAAGUGGGAGCCAAUGAUGAUAAAACUUUGAUUCCGCUUGAAUGUUCCACAUGGGUUUCCCCAUCAGAAGAAGGUGAAGGUAUGUUUGAAGUCACUGUGGAAUUCGAAGUUAAUCCAGAUUACAACAAGGAUUUGAAAGACCUUGUAUUCACAGUACCAGUUUUGACAGAAAAUGUCUUUAUAAGUCCUGAUAACAACGACUGUAACGCAUCAUUAGCUGGUGUCGACGAAGAGAUGGGUAUUGCAAUUAAAGUGGACCAUGUGGAACCAGGUCAACCCGCAGUUUUCAGUUUCGUCAUAGAAGCUGGUUAUGAAGAUGCACUUUUCCCAUUGAACGUUAACUUCGCACAUGUGGAACAAGGUUCUUCCAGUUUGACGGGUGUCAGUGUUGCAAACAUCACAGACUCCCAAACAGAAGAACAACUGCCUUACGACCUAAUAACCUCACUAAGAGCGGAGGAAUAUGCAGUGGUUUAG